AUGGAUGAGAGCAAGCGUGAGACAUCAGCACAUACAGUGGCAAGCGAAUUCCUCGCUCGUUUGCGAAAGAAGGGAAAUGAUUUGUAUCGAAUAAAAAUUGCCAAGGAGCUCUAUGAAUACAUAAAUGGUGAGCUACGUGAUCAAAGCGAUCAGUUCCAGGCGGAAUUUUUUGCGACAUUUGAUGCAAAAAUUGACCAGAGUGCGAUUCAUGCUCUGAUGCUGAGCACGGAUAACGAUGAACGCAAAGCCGGGAUAAUUCUCAUUGUGGCAAGCGAAUUCCUCGCUCGUUUGCGAAAGAAGGGAAAUGAUUUGUAUCGAAUAAAAAUUGCCAAGGAACUCUAUGAAUAUAUAAAUGGUGAGCUACGUGAUCAAAGCGAUCAGUUCCAGGCGGAAUUUUUUGCGACGUUUGAUGCAAAAAUUGACCAGUAUAAAAAAAACAUGGUAAAUUUUGCAGUGUGUCUUGUCGAGAAUGCGGGCGAUGAGACGAAACGUGUGCCACGCUUUGCGAAAUAUCUUCUGCGAGCACUGAUGCAAGGUGAUGAAGCCGGGAUGAAACUGGCAGCUCGGGCAAUCGCUUAUUUGAUUCAAACAUCAAAAACAUUUGCCGCUGAACUUGUGGAAAAAUCAAUGAAUCAGGUCUGCGAAUGGCUGGAAGAACCUGAACGAAAUGAAUCGCGCCGUCUUGCAGCCGCAUUCUUGGCACGACAGCUAGCACUCUACACGUCGACGUCAUUUUUCUUACGUGCCUCAAAUUUCUUCUCCAAUAUCUUCAAAGUGAUCCGGGAUCCGAAGGCAUCGGUGCGUAUUGCAGCAACAAAAGCCUUACAUGCAGCUCUCACAGUUACAACGCAACGUGAAGCAAGCCAAAAAUCGGAAUGGUACUGGGUACGUUCCUCGUUUGGUAAAACGCAAAAUUUGGCAGCGGACGACGAGGAGGCGAAUAAAUUUGACGUGGAUCCGGUGCCACUCUUCAAUCAUGCACUCAACAUGACCGCCAAACAUCCACCCGCAUUUUUUACAAUUGGCCUACUGGUACUUGACCGACCGACGCAACUGCAACCGAAACUUGGAUUAACAGAUGUAGCUUACGAAAUAAUCCAGUCAGUUCCUGGCCUGAAAACAGAAGCCCAGGAUGGUAUGCUGAAGGAACUUUGCCAGUUGCUGAUGAAUCGUAAGCUGCCAAGUAAGCUGGCACCUCCAACGGAGCCUCCAAUGCCGAGCGGACCAGUGCAUAUCACUAAUGUUCCACUGAUCAGCCUUGCUCUGGCGACGCUUGGCCGUUUCGAGUUUCAGCGACAUGCGUUGCAGAUGUUCAUCAACUACAUUGCACAUGUAAGGAAGGCAUUUUUUGACUGCAAUACUAAAAAAUAAAA